AUGGUUCAACAAGAAAAAGUUGGUAUAAAGGCGCCAGUAAAGAAUGUCAGAUCCAGCAGUGGUAAGCGUGUUUUGGCAGAUGGAGGAGGUUUAACUCCAUUACCAUCAGAGGAUCAAGAUUAUUAUAGUAUAUACCUGCCCACUAUUCAGCGUGUUGGUCCAGAAGGUGUCAAAUUGACACAGGAUGCUGAGCAGAUUCGCUGUACUGAUGGUCAAUCUAAAGUAGGCAUCUCAUUGAAAGCUGAAGAGUUGAAGAUUCCAUCGCCACUUGCCCAAAGUACCCAUACUAGCACAAUAAAAGAAUUUGUUGGGAAUAUCUUAUCAAGACAAGAUCAACUUUGUUCAACUCAGCCCGAAGCUCAAGAAAAAUUGGAGAACCUUAAAAAUGCCAUCAAUACUCACAACACAUCCUUGAUUUCGUUUGAACUGGACCAUGCUUUGGCUUUGCCCAACUCAGAGAAUGUAGAGGCAACAGAAGCAGACCGAAAGUUAAAUUACAAAAUCCAACAAGGAUUUAUCAAGAUCAAAGAGCUGGAUGUUGUUCUUGUCGAAAAACUAGCUACAGCACGGACGCUCAAAAAGGAAAGAUUGAUUAGAGAUAGUGUAUCUGGUACACCCAAUACAGUUGGAACGCCUGGAUCUAUUUCCUACCAUAAUACACUUUCUGAUGAUGAUGACGAUUUUGAACUUCGAAGCGUGCAUUCAAUGGACAAAGAUAUAUUUAUAACCGAGCCCAAGCUUUCUAUGCGUUCCAAAGUUGGUAGAGAGAGUCUGGGACAAAAACGAAAGCAAAAUCCAAUAGCCAUUUCUAAUGCCGAAAGUGGAAAAUUAAAAAGACCGGAUGCUAGAUAUUAUAGUGCCAUGACAGAUGAGGAGAUUGAUCGCGUUAAUCGGUUGAUUGCAAACAACGACGAUGAGCCAGACAAACCAGCUUCAUCACAUACUGUUUCAAAACAGCAAGUGGAUCAAUGGGAAGAACGAUCAUUGGUGUGGUCUACAUCGACAACGCCUGGACACCAUACACCAAUGACAAGGAAUUGGCUUAGAAGUGGAGCUCAAUCCGCUGUUUUUUCAGAUAUUUCAAAAACUUCAAAAGAUUUAGAAACGAUUCUGCGCGAUACAAAGCUUCCAACCUCGAGCAUAUCCGUUUUUUCAGAUUUAAAUCGUUUAAAGCAGAUUGAUGACCAACUGGAGCAACUUGACAAUCAAGACACAAGGCCAUUGACUCGGGAGGAUUUGCAAAUGUUGCUGUCUGAUUAUCGAUGCUCUAAUGUUCAUCUCAUUAAUGGUGAAGAGCAGUCGUGUGAACUGCCUUGUUACGAAGAGUAA